AGUGUCUCCGCGUCCCGCGCUCCGACCGGUCGCCAUGCUGCGCUAGCUCGCGCCUAAACUAGUGUCAGAUACUCCGUGACAGCUGUCAAGUGUAACAAUACAAUAUGUGGUUCCCUUGCCUCUAUCUCCUGGCCUGCCUGUGGGCUGCGCAUGCGCAGAAUGUCGAUAACAUAGAAUUCUUGCCGGUCGUGAACGCGACGUGCAAGACGGGAGUGAUGUCCAUCCGUGUCACCUUCAACCAGCCAUUCAACGGCAUCAUUCACGCCAGGGAGUACAGAAACCCAUCAUGCAUGGCCCAGGGUAAUGGCACGGAAGUUUUGACUUUCGACAUCAACCUGGUGGCGACGCAGGGCUCCCCCGACUACUGCGGCGUCUUCUGGAACAAUCGAACUGACGAACGGUCGCUACCACUGGCGGUGCGCGUGCACCGCACGCUGGAGCUGGCGGACGACAAGUUCUACGUGAUCACGUGCGGCAAAGCGGGCUUCAGAAACUCCAGAAAUGAAACGUCGCUCGUGUCUCUACGAAUGUUGAACCAGCAAGGCCAGAAAGUAUUGAAUGCUGCCUUCGGACUGCCAUACACGCUUCGCGCUGAGCUUAGCAAAUCAGAUGGCACACACGGCAUUCGAUUGAAGAAUUGUUUCGCUUUCAACAUGAAGAAUAAUACAGUAGAUCUUUUAGAUAGUAGAGGAUGUCCGCUGAAACACGAGACUGUGGUCACAAAGUCGGAGAGCGGCGCGGCCGAGCUGACGAUAUCGUCCAUGUUCCGGUUCCCUGAUUCUUCGCAAGUCAACUUUCAGUGCGAUAUUGGCGUCUGCAGAGGGAGCACAUGUGGAGCCCUGGACUGCACAUCGGCGGACCGCAGCGAGGUUACCGACGAGGAGGGCACGGUCACCGCCUCCACCGGAGUCUUCGUGCUAGACCCCAACGAUAACGCUGUGGUAAUGUGUGCGGAGACGGGCGUCCGCCCGCUGUGGCUGCUGUACCUGGCCAUCGCGCUCGGGGUCAUGUUCCUGGUGAUGCUGCUCGUCAACUGCUUCCUCUGCACCGCCAUGACCUGCUCCUGCGCUAGGACUGAUGUGAUCGAGAAGGACCCGUCGGUGGUGGAGGACUACGACCCGUACCGGAGCUGGCACGGAAGCCAGUACGGCGGCAGGUAUCCCUCCUCAACUAUACACUCGGCGAGAUCCGUAUCGGACAACAGCGACCACUAUGCGAUAGUCCAGUCCAGGCCUGGAAGCAGACACUCUGGGAUGCAUCGAAACAGACACUAACCGACAGGUGUAGGUUUACCCUCUUAUAUUCAUAAAAAGUUAAAGCAUACUGAUGUUAAAAAAAUAUUUAUCAUUGAUACAGAAGGAGACAAAAGAUACUUUAAUUAUCCUUUCACUUUCUAUAUGAAUGAGAGGGUUAGUAACUAUGAGCAGAGAUGUAUUUACACCUGGGCAUAAACCGGGCAGGGACUUAACGGUGUCCGAAUAGUGAUUUUCAUUUCUGUUUCUAGUUAUACAGAAAAUAAUUGUAACCCAUGUUAAAAAUCUGACAUGACACGAUUUACAGAUUUAAAAUCUAUAUUCAACUAAACAUAUUUAGAAGUGUUGAUAUAAUAGUAUAUACUUAAACACAUAUAUUACAACAGAUUCAAACAGAAAAGUAUAUCUGUUACAGUUUCAUAAGUGUUAAGUGCAAAACAGGUUUAAAACAACCAAUUGUUACAAAAAUAGUUAUGUAACAGAUUUAAAGUGUCACAUUAACGAAUGUGUUACACUUAUUAGGGUGUUUUUAAGUCCCUGAAACCAUUUUUUUUUUCUUUGCCCGGCGUAUAGCCAUCUCUGAGUAAAUCAUUGAAGAAUAUAGGUCACACCUUAGCAAGAUGAAAAAGUUUUGUACGUAAUAUAAACCUAGAUGUUUUCUAAAGUAUAUGUGAAUGUCAACACAAAAGUGAACAAAUGGUGCUUUGUUAUACCGAGCAAAAUUAGAUUUAAUAUUAUGUUACCCAAUACCGCAGCUGACUUCACGAGAAUAUGAAUUUAACUUGUGCCAUUUAUGUAAUCUCAUGUACCUACCCUAGUGGUCUUUAAGCCUAUUAUAUAAGAUUUAUACUAUAUUUGAAAUGAAAACAAAUACCUGAUGCACGCAACGAAACCGUCCAAUUUAGUGCUACUAACUAAGGUAUCUUAAGUAUUUUUUGGAUAUAUUUUUACAUAAACGUGUGAAAAUGUAAGGACAUUUAAGUAGUAUAAGAAUUAUAUUAAUUGAUGCAAGAUAUUCAAGUAGAGUUGAUACGAAAAAAAUAUUUGUUAUCUAAAAUAAAUCCAGUGGAAUAUGUCAUGCGAUUAUUAAAUUCUUGUAAAAUUAAGAACUUUUGUGUCAAGUCAACAUACCUAUUGAUAAAACGGCUAUAUACCACAUCACAACUGUGUUAAUAUUAAUUAAUAGUAAAAACUAACUUAUGUAAUACAUGAAUAAACUUGAAUGAGUGUACCUAUGUAAAAGAAACAUUUGAAACGAGUUGUUUUUACAUUUGGAUCACUUGAUAUGCGUGUGUGUGCAAUUGUAAUAAAGUGCUUGCCAUGUAACUUUGCGUCUCUGAUUUAAUACUAAAUGUAAAUAUUAGUAUUAUUAUUAUAGGCAGUAGAAAAAGUUAUGUCGUUAUUUUUAGAAAUACAUUUAUUUUUGAGUAUUUCAGAGGCGCAAUCUUACUUCAUUCUUUCGUUUGUACUGCGAGCUUUUGUGAGAAAUAUUAAAUACUUUAACACAA